ACUGCGAAGAUGCAGAUCUUCGUGAAAACAUUAACGGGCAAGACCAUCACCUUAGAGGUCGAGGCCAGUGAUACCAUUGAAAAUGUGAAGGCCAAGAUUCAAGACAAAGAAGGCAUUCCUCCAGACCAGCAAAGGUUGAUCUUUGCAGGUAAACAGCUCGAGGAUGGCCGCACCCUGUCUGACUACAACAUCCAGAAAGAGUCCACGCUCCACCUAGUGCUCAGGCUGAGGGGUGGGGCCAAAAAGAGGAAGAAGAAGAAUUACACCACCCCAAAGAAGAACAAACACAAGAAAAAGAAGGUUAAGCUCGCAGUUCUUAAAUAUUACAAGGUGGAUGAGAAUGGUAAAAUCACACGUCUACGUCGGGAGUGCCCCAAUGAGGAGUGUGGUGCUGGAGUGUUCAUGGCCUCUCACUUUGACAGACAGUACUGUGGAAAGUGUUGUCUGACGUACGUCUUCAACAAACCAGAGGAACGAGCAUAGAGCACUGAUUUCUGUACAUUUGCCACAAUCUAGUGUGAUCAAUAAAUCAUGCAAAAAAAAUCCUUAUACAACUCA